GAGACAGAGAGGAGGGAGUCUCUCGGAGCGCCGCUGACAUUCCCAACAAGCAUUGCAGGGGAGAAAACUGUGUGUGAUACACAGCUCAUAGAGAGAGCGAGAGGGAUUGUGGGAGUGUGUGAGUGGACGUCAGUGUCGAGGUGAAGAACAACAAGAAGAGGAGAGAAAGUUUGGCUGGUGUGAUCUGUUUUUGUUACUACCAGAAGAAUAAGAGGCAAACAUGUCCAACGCUCUGCUGAGGAGAAACUCCAGCAAACAGGGUUUACAAAACCUCAUGAGGCUGACGGCUCAGAGGAGCAUCGAGGACGCCGAGGAGGUGGAGAGGGAACGCCGUCGAAGAGCUCGCGAGGCUACAAGCUGGACGAACGGAGGCUCGCCGCCCGAAGAGUUCUCGCCGGAGAACGAGACGCCGGCAGAGGAGAGCGUGUACGACGGCGACCUGAAGCCGAGAAGCUCCCCGUCUCUGGAGGAGGACGAAGGCUUCAGUGACUGGACUCAACGCCGAGAACGACGGAGGCAGCAGCGCCUGCAGGAGCUCAACCGGGGAGGCGAGGAGGACGAGGACGAAGAGGAGGUCACCCUAAACAAAGCUGUGCCCGUGAAGGCCGUCCAGGCCUCGGUCACGUCCUCCAGCCAACUCCGGAGACAAGAGCAGGAAGAGGUGGAGAGGAGGGAGAUGGAGAGGAGGAAGGAACGUGAGGAGGAGGUGAUUCGAGCUGAGAGGGUGAGGAGGGAGAAAGAGAGGGAGGAAGAGGAGGAUAAGAAGAAGAGAGAGGAGGUGACGACCAGGAGGAGGGAGGAGAUUCAAAGGCGGAAUACAGAGGUGGAGAAAAGAAAAGACGUUAAAAUCUCCUACACAUCCAAGGUUUUCCUUCAUCAAGAGCCGAAACUCAACAACGCCAAUGGAGACACAACCAAUGAGGAAGUGACAGCAUACAAGAGCAACAAGACAAAAAGGACCACCAGAGCCGUGGAGCCAGAGGAGGCGGAGGCCAUCCUGGAGACGGAGCAACGUCUGGAGAAGAUCCGGCAGGGCCUCCAGCAGAAGGAGAGCCAGGAGCUGGAGCAGCUGAGACACCGACAGGCCGAGGCCGAGCAGGAGCUGGAGGAGCUGAAGAGGAGGAGAGAGGAGAGACGUCGAGUCCGGGUGGAAGAGGAGCGUCGGAGGGAGGCGGAGGAGCAACAACGGCUGGCCAAAGAGGAGGUGACCACAUACGUCAGUCAAGAGGAGAGGACGCGAAUGAAGGAGGACAUCGAGAGGAGGAGGAUGGAGGCAGCAGAGAGGAUGAAGAGUCUGAGUACGUCCGGCGUGGACGGAGACGAAAUGUUCAGUCCCUUCAGUCCCAAAGCUCCCACACACAAGAUCACAGAGAGAACGGAGUCGCUGAACCGCUCGCUGAAGAAAAGUAACAGUUUUAAGAAGACGCAGCCGCUCGUCCUGCUGCCGAAGAUCGACGAUAAGAUGGAGCAGUACGCCCACGCCGUGGAGAACUCCCAGGAGGCCCGGACAGUGAAGGCAUCACUGACCGACCUGCCCAGCUCGCCCGAGGUCGUAGCCUCCAAGAAGAACCUGUUUGAGGCCGGAGAUGCCUGGAGCCACCAGAGUCCCGCCAAGGGAGCGACCUGCAAGGACACUGAGGGGUUGAAGGUGGGCGUGGCCAACCUGAUCACUCAGUGGGUGAAGGGUCCGUCCGACGGCGGCAGGCUGUCGGCCGGCAGACCGGCAGAUGUGAAGCCUGGAGAUGUGAUGCAGAAGAAGAACAUGUGGGAGGAGAUUGUGGACUCAUCAGGGCGACCCGGACAAAGAACCAAAGGUUCAGCUGCCGGUAAAAAGUACAAAUUUGUCAUCACUGGUCACGGAAAAUACGAGAAGAUCCCCGUGGAUGACGAGGACGGCGAGUUCACUAACGGAAAGUCUGAUUUAUAUGACGAUUACUGAGGAGGUCAUCGUCUCUUCUUCAUCUCACAAAAACAUCAUAAGGACAUCGAACAGAAGCAGCAGUUACAAACUUAAUAUUUCAGCUCAAGUCCAACAAAUUUCAUCAUCAAAUCUCUGCUUUUUAUUCCCCGACAUUGUUUCUUUUAUUGUGUAUAUAUCUGACUGUGAGCUGUUUAAUGUUUAAUGUACUCUCCUCCUCCUGCAGUAUUUAGGUGAAUCAUUCAUAAUGUGGUUGAUCUUUGAUGGUUGAUGGUGUGUAGGGAAAGUUUACAAUCAUGUAGAAUUAAUGGUUUAUGUGACAUUAUCUGUUCUGCACUUGGCUGAAGAUCUGACAGUUAACGUGUGAACGCUGAGUUUAUCCAAGAUGUACCUAAAAGUCUCAACAACCUGAUCUAUACAAUCAAAUCCUUUACGUCUAUCAGCUCUGUAUCUGUACUACUGUUUCACCUUUAAUAUCCAUUUACUGAGAUUCCUGAUUGUAUGUGUUUAUAACCCCUUUUCUUAAAUAAAUUAAAAUAAUUUUCUA